CUCACAAAAAUAAUAAAGUUUUCCCCUUUUUUCCAGCCUCGAAACGAACACAACCAUGUCGUCGAAUCCCUUUUGGGCAGCAGCCAUCUGCCUGGGUGUGGUCCUCCUCCUGGGAGUCACACAGGCCCAAGAGAACGCCCAGCUGCAAAUCCCGCCGUCUCUCAUUGAGUGCUACAACACAUCCUAUUUUAUGAACCGAGACAACCGUCUUCCAGCCAACAUGGACACUCUCAUUUCGCUGAUCGAGAAGGUGGAGAAUAGCUACGUCUCCUCAUCAGGCGUUCAGCCGGAUAUCCGCACCGUGGCAGUGGCCCUGCUGCACCGUUUCCGCCAGGACGGCAUCAAACGAGCAUCCGGCAUCUCGUCCAUUGACGGCGUUAUUCCAUACAGCCCCACCGGGUUUCAGUUUCCCAAGUUCCGCAUCCUGCUCUCCCGUCUCAUACCGGGAAAUGCCAACACCUUCCCCAAUAGCUCACUGACCAGCGUGGAGCGCUGCUCCCUUCACUUCAUGCUCUCGAGCACCUUCGACACCAGGCAACGCGGUGACGAGAAUACUGUUUGCAAUCAGCUCUCUCAGUACCGUUCCCAGAGACUGCCCAGGGCGCUGAGGAGGAAGGCCGAGAACAGUAACGCUGAGUGGCUAAGCUUAGGCUUGGAGCGCGGAAGUCUUGUCGCCGCGCCCCAGCAGGACAACGAUUGGACCUAUGUUGGAAGCGAAGGCACCAGUCAAUGUCCCGUAGAAGACGGCCUCGUCCGCACUAGCUGGGGCACGGUUUCAGCCGGAACCCUAAUCGCCGGCAUUGCGGCCGGUGUCCAGCAGCAGACCGUCCAGGUGAACACUCUUUUGGGACUGUCCGCCCUCAGGCGAGGGCGGACGCAGAUGUCGCAGACGACCACGGGCAUCGACAAUCGGUGGGCAGCCACCCUCUCUGGGGAUCUGGCUGAGGUUACGCUUGUACAGGUGCCGAUGGCCAGCAACAACGUCGCUACUGUGGGGGCCACCGGCGGCUGGAACGACACUGUUCUGCCGCACUGGUACUUCCUGUCCCAACGCACUAACCUUGAAGCGACCGAUGCCGAAAUCAGGGGCGGCUUGGACGGUCUGAUUCUCGCCAAGAACGUGGCUACUUGGAGGACUCAGGCCUCCAGCUUGAAGCUGUCACAGUUGCUCCGCAUGUACUACUCCACAAACGGUGUCUUGAGCUCCGGAAUCAACGCUUGCAGCAGACAGACCGAGUUCACCAAUGUGGCCCCGUCCCAAGAAAUGCAGGACCAGACCAGCGCCUUCGCCCAGGUCCUGGAUAAGCAGAUGCAGCUGAUAGUCACCCUUUCGCCAACCGCCAUCGCCCAGUUUGCCAGCAACGCCGCCCUGUCCCUGGUAACAUAUGUCCCUCAAUCCCUGAACGACGUCACCUGCACUGCCACCAGCAAUCAGGACUUGACGGAUGUCAUUACGCCGAUGACGAACAUAUUCGUUUACCUGGACACCUCCUGGCAGUACAGCAACAUUGUCGACUAUGUGACGUAUGUCCUUCAGCAACUGAACAUUCACCCCUACGCCAGCACGGUCACUGUCCUGUCGGCCCAGGACGCCCAGGUCAUAGUGAACACCACCAGUUACAUCACUGACGUCUAUCAGCAGUGGAACGUAACCACGCAGGCGCAAUAUAACCAGGGCUUUAACCUGCCCAACGUGCUGCGAUCCGUCCAGAACCUCACUCAGAACCUGAUGAACGAGGAGAGGACCAACUCCAGUUUGAGCGGUCGGUCCCUAGUGGCUUUGCUGAUUCCGAAUCAGUCAACAGUCAACGACGGCGACUCCAGCUACGCCACCACAGAGAUUCAGUACAUCCAGGAGCAGAUCCCAGAUCUGCGGUUCAUAUACUACGGCGGUGGAAGCAUUCAGAGGUUCUCCAGCUUCGUCCGCGAUCCCUCCAAGGACCUGUUCUCUCUGACCAUUGGCAGUACAGCGGCCACCUCGGCGGGACCAGUUGCCAAGCGCAUUAUUCAGAUUCCUCGUCGCGUCAUUAACCCGCGGUGUGGUUCAAACUGGUACACCUCCAGCUGGGGAACUGACCAAACGGCCCAGUAUGUGAGCCCAGGAAAGGUCAACUUCUACCGGGUGGCGGCGAACUACUUCUUCGGAACCGGCGCCAACCGCUACUUCACUAUUCAGUCCCAGAAUGGAGGAGCCUUCACCAUUUGCACCUCACGUACCUACGAGUGGCCCCAGCAGAACUCGACCACGAGCUCGACCACCUCCGUAGACCAGAGCUGCUCGCAGAUAAGUGGAAACAGCUUCAGCUACGACCUGUCCAGUGCCUGCCAAGGCUACUACACCAUCACGCAGUGCCCCGACCUUUACGUGUCAGUCCAGGCCACCACAAACACCACGUCCUGCAACCAGGAUGCCUGUCAGACGCCCGACCAAUGGCGAUACAUUGUGUCGAUGGCCAACAUGGGAUGCUACAGCGGCGUCGCGGGUCUGGCAGCCAGCUUCCUGACGGUCCUGGUGGCUCUGAUCCUGCAGAGGAUCGUGCAGUGACAGCAGUGCCAAGGGUCUUAGCGUAUUAAUAGUGGUAGUCAGAGUUCAAAGGCUUCCUGCCCGUCCCCAAAACAACCAAAUCCAUUUAAUUUGUCGUUUCACCUUAUUCUUAUAACCUUUCUUACAUAAGUUGUAUGUUCCAGUGAUGAGUCGCGAAUAAAUUUUCCCACUAGAA